AUGAUAGUUCCGCUGUACCAUCCUGCUUCAAAUGGUGCAGCUGAGCGGGUGGUGCAAACCAUCAAGGACAAGCUCAAGAAGAACCAGACUGGGGAUUUCCGGACGCACAUUGCCCGGGUACUGUUUCAGUACCGCACCACGCCCCACGAUGUCAUUGGCCAUGCCCCCUGUGAGCUCCUGCUGGGUCGGGUGGUCAAGACACCCUUGGACGUCUUGCAUCCGGACCUCCGAUCCGCAGUGCUCCUGAAGCAGCUAAAGCAGAAGCUGGCUGCUGCCCGAGGGUGCCGUCCCGGGCCUUUGCCGGAGUCGGUAGCUCCAGUUGUCACUAGGAACUUUUGUCCUAGCCCACUCUGGUCCGCUGGACAGGUGUCUCCUGCCAGUGCCUCAUCGCUGCUCGUCCGCAUGCCAGACGGGGCCACAUGGCACAGACACGCCGACCAUGUUAGGCCUCUCGGGACCUGGCCAGCACCCUCGACUACCACUUCCGAGUUCCAGCCCGCAGGAGUACUAGCGGCAACACCAGUCGCUCCCAGCGGAGCACCGCCCACCUUGGAGGGUCGUUGGGCCAGUGUCAAGCCAGUCACUACUCACAAGGCCGACCACUGCGGACCCUCCGGAUGGAGUGAGGCUCUCUCAGGCAGCACCCGGCAUUGCCACGCCCGGCCCGUCAACACCGGUGCCCAGGCGGAGUACUCGACGGCGAAGGCCACCGGAUCGUUACUCGCCUGGGUAGCAGGCACUCGACCCGGCUAG